GCGAAGUACGGCAGGCCGAGCGGGUCAGGCCGGGAGGCGCUUCCGGGGGCCGGCGGGCAAUCACGGGAUGAAGAGGGAAAGCGGAACCGGCUGUUCCCCAGUUGCGGCCGCGGGUGGUGCGGUGUAGUCCGGCGGCCCGGGGAGUCGAAACCUGGUGAGGGGAGCGGCCCCGCAGGAGGAAGGGGCCCAUCAUGGCGGAUGACUUGAAGCGAUUCCUCUACAAAAAGUUACCAAGCGUCGAAGGUCUCCAUGCGAUCGUGGUGUCAGAUCGAGAUGGGGUGCCCGUGAUUAAAGGGGGUGGUAUUUACCGAGCGCUUCCUGGGUGCACUAAGCGUGCGAGAGAGUCCAGUGCGGAGGAGCCGGUGGACACGCCCCCUACCCUCCGCGCCACAGCCGUGGCCAACGACAGCGCCCCGGAACACGCCUUGAGGCCUGGCUUCUUGUCCACUUUCGCCCUGGCGACGGACCAGGGCAGCAAGCUGGGACUCUCGAAGAAUAAAAGCAUCAUCUGCUACUACAACACCUACCAGGUGGUCCAGUUCAAUCGUUUGCCCUUGGUGGUGAGUUUCAUAGCCAGCAGCACCGCCAACACCGGGCUGAUCGUGAGCCUAGAGAAGGAACUAGCCCCACUGUUCGAAGAGCUGCGACAAGUCGUGGAAGUUUCUUAACCCGCCGAGGGUCUCCGGAAGGCCCCCGGCGAAGAGACGAGAAGAAUCCACGGGGAAAAUACGGCUCCGCGCGCCAGAGACCCCCCCCGCCCCCCGCCCCCAGGGCCGCUCUCCCCCGCCCGUCGCGCUAAAGAAUGAGCCCGUUCGAUCCGCGUCCGGACCGUUAGGCCGCCGCGGCGUGUUGGUCGGGGGCGUCUCGAUGGUCUGAAGCGGGGGAGAGAGCCGCUACCUCAGCUCCUGUGGAGUUCAUCGGCCCGGCCGGCGAUCGGAAAUGAGACGCCCCCCCCCCCCGCCGUCCCCACCGGCUCCCCGUCAGAACGGGAUCCCGAUCCCCACGGGCCGGCCCCCCCGUCGUCCGCGGAACGUCGACGUCCCCGCCAGCCCACCCCACCCCUGGACGCCUCGGUGGCCUUUCUCCGGGCUACCCGGGAGUGCUCGUUGGCCCCAGUACAAUCACGACCCCGAGUUAAUGCCGUCGUCCGGCGGAGGCGGAGAAGCGCGGCGGAAUACGUUCGACGGAAGCUCGGCCCCGGGAGAGGUCUGCCCCUUCCCCUCGGCCGUCCGUAACCAAUCAGCCUUCGGACGUUUGCGUGUUCUGCGUGCGGCGUGGACGCGAGAGUCGGGUUCGGUCUCUCUGGUUUCGGGGUUUCGGUGUUGGUGUGGAUGUAGUCAUACGGCACCCGAGCGGUUCCUUCCCCCUCACCCCCCCGCCCCCGGUUCCCCGGAGCGACUCUAAAUAAAAUCGUAUUUUUAAAAAGG